AUGUUCGACACGAGCACAAUGCGCGACGUGUUUUCGAGUGCGCAGCAUAAUAUGAAAGGAUUGACAGCGAACAUGUCACAAGGAAUGGACGGCCUCGGAGCUCUAGGCAUGACAGCUUUGGAACGAGUGCAGUCGGCCGACGGGGCUCCAAUAUCCUCACGCAGUAUUCGCACUGAGGAAGCUAGUGCAGCGAAAACCGACGAUACCAAGAAGGAUCUCCAGGUCAGUUGCACCAACGCGGACUUUCAAUUCAAAGCGGGAUCAAACCGUCCCCAACCUGCUCGUAUCUGCAAAAAAGUUUCAGUUGGACUCAACAAUGAGGGGGAAACAGAAGCUUGGAUAGGCGACUCUGCUGCUCACGUAGAAUGUCUACUACUGAAAUCGCCGACCGGCGUCAACUCGCAUCCUUUUUGUCAAGGCCAGGACCGGCUAUGUCUCAAGCUACUGCGGGGUCACGGCCUGAUCCAGGACGAAGACGACGACGAGAAAAGCCCCAAGUCACCGUCCACCGUUACGAACCUACAAAUUGACUGCAUGGAUCAUAGUACGCAGCAAUGGAAGGUUCUUGCUCGUUUCGCGGUUCAAGCAGCGGAUCCCAUUUGGGGAGGACCGCUGUAUACCUUUGAUCUGUUAGCACACCCCCAGGACACGAUACUGAUCAGCCUACUGGAUGCCAAAGAAGAUGAGCUAGCCACUGUCCAAGUAUCCGUAGAGCGCCUCUUGAACGCGCAGGGUACGACUCGUGUAAACCGGUGGCUCAACUUUGAAGGACUUGGCGCAAAGGAUGAUGCUCGGAUACAGCUCCGAUUGGCAGAGGUACAUGACGCCACUCUGCGUCCACAAGAGGCGUGUCCUAUUCUUGGUCCCGGUCCUUCAUUGCCCUCCAUGAUGACGAGCUAUGUCAUUCGCAAGGAAAUCCUAUAUGCGAGUGCCCCCGUUCUUCUCAACGUGUACGACGUGUCGCUCUCCGAGAAUGUCGCCAAACUCAAUGACUACCUCAAGCCCCUUGGCGCCGGUGGAAUCUUUCAUGGGGCUAUUGAAAUUCAUGGAAAAGAGUACUCCUUUGGUGGGACACGAGACAGAUGGUUUCGGGGGACCGGUGUCUUUUCGUGUGGGCCCAAACAAUGUCCCAUUCAUCAUUACAAGGAAUCCGUUUAUCUCGGCGAUUGCGAUUUGACUCCAGAACAAGUGCAAAUGAUCAUUCUGCAGCUCGAACCAAAAUGGCUCGCCAAGGACUACAAUCUGUUUCGCAAGAAUUGCUGUUUCUUCUCCCAAGAGCUAGCCAUUGAACUGGGAGUGGGAGACUUACCCAAGUGGGUCUACUCCUUGGCAGAGAAUACUCAAGGCAUGGAGCCUCAUUUGAUCAAACUGAACAAGUUCAUUAUUGACUUUCAAAAACGACGAAAUCAACAGCAGCAGGACACCAAAAAGGCGGGUGCCAAUAGCAGACUCGGUGCUACUGACAUACCCAAAAAGACACGCUCGAAGUCAAAAGCUCCAGAAGAAAUGGCCACGGAAGUUAUGCUGGAUCAUGCUAUGGCAGCAAGGAUUCAACGCAGUUACAGAAAAUCUCAUAUACGGCCACAGAAAUCGAGUUUGGCCCAUUCUGGGCAGAAAUCGAGUGUAGUAGCCAAUUCUGGGCAGAAAUCUGUUCGUCCUCGACAGAAAUCGAGUUUGGUUCGCUCUAUGAGGAAGGUUUUGUCUCGUUGA